UAUUAUACCUAGGUAAAGCUGUGUGCGCGCGCACUUAAACGUGAUAUGUUAACCAAGUAGUACGAUUACUUAGUCUAAAUUACCUUUUGAGAGUUGUCACAUAAUAUUACCUCGUAAAUUCAUACACGGGUCACGACAUCUUCGUCGUUGUGGUCGUUAUUUAUUUAUCAAGACGUUCUUACACUUGUUAGCCAUUUUUUUGGAAGCAUCUGAGUCAAACUUAGUGUGACGAAGUCACACCCAUGUUGGGCAUAAUGCCUUGACCGAAACUGAAACCGAGGCAUACGUUAUUUUGUCAGACUGAAUAGAGUGGUGCACGUGGUCGCGUGUUGCGGUGUAGCACGUCACCGAGUCAAGGUUGUAACCGCACACCGCGCUGAGCACGCGACGCGGCGCUUGCGCCGGCGCAGCGUGGGCUGCACCUCUCUUAUGAAAUGCCUAUACAAAGCAUGCUUUACGAAAGUUACUUACGGGUUUUCCAAAACUAAAUUGGCUUUGAUAUUGCCAUACAGAAGAUAAUUAUUUUCGCAACAAACGCUCUAGGUACGAAUGAUACCGACUAAGUUACCUGCAUUACAUAUUGCCUACCUUUAUACUUCAUAGGUAGAGUUCGAUGAAAUCUUUUUUUUAUCUCGGAUACUUGACAUUACUCUAGUUACCUACUUUGAAGACUGAUAAGAUUCUUUCAUUGUCACCGAUAAUUGACGAACAAUCCCUAUUUGCAAAAAUAACAACGCAGAUACAAUAAUAAUACCAACAAAUGCAGUAGUGCACAGAAAUUGCUUUAAUCUGACACAUGAGAUAUUCGCCCACAAUGCCACCAUUAUUACAAAACAGAUUCCCAUGCUCUAGCAGUCUGAAUGAAUAGCCAUACUUAGUCAGCCAGUUGCGUUAUUGUAAUAUGAAGUUACUUUAGAGGAUCAGCAACACACUUUCACUUUCAACAUCAGAAUCCCCCAAUUUGGGCGUGAUGCGAAGUCAGUCGUAUACAAACCUGCAGGCUUAGCAGUCGACAGGCUUACCAACAAUAAACAAUAUGAACAUCGCAUUAAUUGUUUUAAUCCUGCUCUGCACUCCCUAUUUAAUAAAAGCCGAGGAGGCUCAGACAAGGGACUUGGAAGACAGUGAAGAUCUGGAGAGAAAGCAUAAAAAACGUAAGAAAGGACAAAAUUAUAACCCUUGCGGAGGCGGGUAUGGAGGCCACGGGAAGACAUUCGAUCUCUUCAAACCCCACGACUCUACGUAUAUAUCUGCUCCGGUGAUGAACUACUUCUUUGGUUGCGGGGUGGCGGCGCUGCCAAUCGCAGCGCCCAUUGCGCCGAUUGCUCCAAUUGCUCCUAUAGCACCCAUCCCGUAUCCAGUUAAUAUUGGAGUCAGCCAGAGUCAGAGUCACGGGCACGGAGGACAUGGCGGACACGGCGGUGGCGGUCAUGGCGGGUUCGGGGGUCACGGGGGUGGCGGUGGCCACGGCGGUUUCGGGGGUCACGGCGGACAAGGCUUGUUUAACCACGGAGGCGCAGGAGCUCCCGGAGUUCCUGGAGGAUUCGGUGGCUACGGCGCUCCCAGUAAUUUUGGAGGAUACACUCCCGGAUAUAAUCAACAAUUCCCUCAAAGUUACAAUCAAAACGCAUAUCAGAGGCCAUACAAUAGGCCCUUGCAAAACGUUGUAUCCGCGGCAGCCUCAGGAUUUGGCAACGUCUUGGCAGAUUACAUCAGUUCCCGACCCAGAAAAACAUACAAGCAAAUCAAUAAACAAGUGAAUCAAUUUUUGAGACCGUUAUAUAAGUUGUUUUAGAACUAGUUACGUUACAGACAUUCACAGCUCGGAGCUGAAACAGUGGUUAAAUACUUAGGUACCUACUUAAUUAUGUUUUUCGUGAAAUUGGAGCAAAGUUCAUAAAUAUUUUUUAACAAAGACAUCCAACCAAAUCUAUUAUUUAGUUGAGUGCUGUUGCUGUACAGUGUCAAUUUUUCCAAGGUUAUUAAAUAAUGCCUACUAAGCCGGAUUAGACGAAAAUUACUGAGUGUGUGCUAAUUAUUAAAAAAAACUAUCAAAAGUUUAUUACGUUAACACGUUUAGGAAAUUCCGCAAUAUUUUCGAACAAUGUAAGAAGACGUUAUUACCCAGGAUUAAAAAAAAAACUGCACCGUAAGUAAAAAUCCUAGAUGCUAUUAAGUAUGAAUGUUAUAUAAAAUAAGGACUUGACGUCGUAUCCUACUGUUAUAGAUUGUUAAAAUAUUAUUAACGAUGUAGUAUGUAUAAAUAUUUUUUCAAUAAGUGUUAAUUGUAAUAAGUUCAAAAUAAAAUCAUUGUUUAAGUAA